AUGGCUACUUUAAAGGACGGGGCCCUCCUGAAGCUUCUAGACGACAUGAAAUCAGACGCGGACGACGCCGUUUUGGUCGACGACCCGCCGAAGCCCGUCUUGCUGCAGAUCAGGAGCAUCAUCCCCGUUCUCGAAGAAGGCGACCUGUGGCCCAACAGGGGAUUUUUCCUCAAAGUCGCCGAUUCAACCCAUGCACUGUACGUCUCCUUGUCCGAAGAGCAAAACGAGAUGAUUUUGGGUAACAAAUUGAAACUGGGUCAGUACAUUUACGUCCAGAGAUUAAGAAAAUCUCAUCCCGUCCCCUUGCUGAAAGGGGUGUCCCCAAUUCCCGGGCGACGGGCCUGUGAAGGCUCCCCGGAAGAUAUCAUCUUGUCCGGGGAUUUCUCCUCGAAGGUUCUAGAAGCUUCCCCAGUCGAAUCGGAGGUUGAGAAAGGCGUGAUCUUGGAGAAAACGGUUUCGAGAAACCCGUCUUCUUCGAGAAUAAAGGCACGUGGGGGGGCAUCAGAUUCGGAGUCCUCCGGUAAGAAAAAAGAGGGGUUGAAAUGCCGUUCCUCGAGCGCAUCUAAGUCCCGUCCGGGAGAUAUUGCUUCGGAUAAAUAUGGUUUUUCGGCUGAUGAGUUUAAGAAAAUCGGGUUUAGUGAUGUGGGUUUGUGGCCUAGAAGCAGGGCGAGCUCUGUUGAUAACGAUAGUGAUGGGGACAGCGUGAUUUCUUCGUGUUCGUCUCAUGUUUCGAAGAGAAGGAGCUGGCUAGAAUCCGAGAUUCUGGGAGUCAAGGAGAUUUUCGACUCGACUGUUGUCAGGCAUGAUAUCAAAUUUCCUCCGAGAAGCCGUAGUGCGAAUGUUUCUCCCGUUCGUUCGGUUAGGUACGACAGCUCUGAUGAUAACUUGAGCUCGGUAUCAAGAAGGAGAAGCAUCGGCUCGGCAAAGAGAGUGAUCAAGAGUUCGAACAAAAGCCAAGUGCCUGUUCCAAAGGUGGGUAAUAACUUGCAGAAUUUGAAUUCUUUGUGCGGGUUGGUUUGUGAAAGAAAGGGGGCAGAGAGUGGAAUAUUAUGGAGCUCUCUUCCAUCAAAUUUGGUGAAGCUUGGCAAGGAAGUGGUAAGGCAAAGAGACAAUGCCCUGCUUGCUGCUUCUGAUGCUCUGCAAGAGGCUUGUGCUUCAGAAAGAUUACUCAACUCCUUAAGCACAUUAUCUCAAUUUCCUCUAGCUGAAGGUGAAGAUCUCCAACCCCACGUCGAUCGGUUCUUCAAACUCCAGCACGAGCUGGCCCGCACAGCCCUCAUCAUGCAGUCCCUCACCACCAUAAGCCCAUUUGGGCCUGGCCCAGUACCCGACCCGUGCACCACGACCCAAACAAACUCAAUAAAGGACACGCUCGAUACAGCCCUCGAGCGCAAGAAGAAGGCCAUGACCUGGCUGAAAUCCGCCGUGGCCCUCGACCUCUCGACCGGUGGCACCCCGAAGAAAAGAAGCAGCCCUGCUGCGCCUUUGAAAUGCGUCGAAAGCUCGAAAUUCUGUUCUAAUUCGAAAAGCAUCGUGAAGAGGAGCCGAGUCUUGAAUCACCAUGACAGUCCACUUGUAUUAUUGGGCUCUGCUCGGGAGGACCAACCCGAGUGGGCGAGGGGCGGAAGUCUCGGGCUGUGUGCUGAGCUGGCGACGUGUUUGCAGGAAGAGUGUAGGAAGCUUUUCUUGGGGUACGUGGAGAGGUACUUGGAGGAAGUGGAGACGAGGAUUGGCUCGGAUGUUGAGGACAACGCUGAGGUGGCGGGCAUGAUGUAUAAGGUGAAGAUGGUUAGCGAUUGGCUGGAUUUGAUUGGGUCGGAGGGUGGUGGGGCCCACGAGAGGGUGAGGGCCAAGAUUUACGGGAUCUUGCUGAGUAAUGUCGAGAGGACGGCCGUGGCUUUUGAGCGCGCCAAAGGGACCUUUUGA